AUGGAAUGCCUUCAAGAUAUUGACUUGCAAAACUGUUCACUGCAAGGUACAGAUAUUGAGCCCAUUGCUGUGGCACUGAGUGGUGUGUCUACUCUGGUUAAUCUUGGUCUGUCACUGAAUGAAGACUUGGGUGGUUGUGCAGAGAUGUGGGCUCAGCACUUGAAGGGAAUGAGACACCUUGAGAUGGUGACAUUGUGUGGAUGCAAAUUGCGAGAUGCUGAUAUUGAGCCCAUUGCUGUGGCACUGAGUGGCAUUCAAACUCUGGCUUAUCUGAACCUCGUGGAUAAUGAUGCAUUGGGUGGCUGUGCACUGUUGUGGGCUCAGCAUUUGAAGAAAAUGAACCACCUUAAGGCACUGACACUGAUGAAGUGUAAUCUGACAGGUGUUGAUAUGGAGCCCAUUGCUGAGUCAGUGAGUGACAUGCCUAAUCUGAAUCAUCUAGAUCUCUCAAGAAAUGAUCCAUUGUUUGGCUGUGCAUCAUUCUGGGCGCCUCAUUUGAAGCUAAUGACCAAACACCUCAAGAGGCUCAGAAUGAGUUACUUUACAAAAGAUAAGCAGCACAUUAAUGCAUCAAUCGGCUUGGAUUCGCCCAUAUUGUUCUUGUGGUAG